GCAAAUGACCCUACAAACCACCGCGAUAUCUAACGGAGCUUCUCUCAAAUCCUUCUGAUUUAGGAAAUUGAAGACUGGACUCCCCAAAAUGCUGGGUUUACAAUGAGAAAUGCCAUAGUUCAGUUUUUGCUCUGUGGGUCCCUGACAUUUGGGAUAUGGAUGCUGCUGCUCUGCGUGUAUUUCCACCACGACCACGUGGGCGACGGGCAGGCCGAAAGCCAGGAGCCUGCGUCCAUCUGGUCCCUUGAGAAGAAAUCGCAGCCACCAAUUAGCCACGGCCCAGGGCAGACACCAGGACACCCCGUGCAAGCGGAAAGGCCUAAUGAGGAUGAAACUAAAGACCUUGUAGGUAAGGAUGUUAAGUUUAUGGACGCAGAACUUCUUCAAGGCUUUACAAAGUAUGGAUUUAAUACCAUAAUCAGUGAAAGCUUGGGCACAGUGAGACCUCUGCCAGAUACCAGGAAUGAAAUGUGCCAUCGAAAACAUUACCCAGCCCAACUACCCACUGCCAGCGUCGUCAUUUGCUUCCACGAUGAGGAAUUUAAUGCCUUGUUUCGGACAGUGGCCAGCGUCAUGCACUUCACCCCACACCAGCUCCUUGAAGAGAUUAUUCUGGUGGAUGACAUGAGCAAAUUCGAGGAUUUGAAGGAAAAGCUGGACUACCGCCUGGAGAAGUUUCGGGGAAAGGUCAAGCUCGUGAGAAACGAAAGGCGAGAGGGGCUGAUCCGCGCACGGAUGGCGGGAGCGGCCCGCGCCUCAGGGGACGUGCUGGUGUUCCUGGACAGCCACUGCGAGGUGAACAGGAUGUGGCUGCAGCCCCUGCUGGCCGCCGUGGCCAAGCACCGCAGGACGGUGGCGUGUCCCGUCAUAGACGUCAUCGACCCCAUGACCUUGGAGUACCGGCCCUCCCCCGUCGUGAGAGGAGCUUUCGACUGGCACCUGCGGUUUAAAUGGGAUAACGUUCUCUCUUACGAGAUGGAGGGACCAGAGGGGCCCAUCAGACCCAUCCGGUCCCCUGCAAUGGCUGGAGGAAUUUUCGCUAUAAAUCGGCAUUAUUUUAACGAGAUUGGACAGUACGACAAGGACAUGGACCUCUGGGGAGGAGAACAUUUGGAACUUUCACUAAGGAUCUGGAUGUGCGGGGGCCAGCUCCUCGUGCUGCCCUGCUCCCGGGUGGGCCACAUCGUCAAGCACAACACCGAAAACCUCACCGAGGCUUCCCGGGCCCUGACGCGGAACAACCUCAGGCUGGUGCACGUGUGGCUGGACGAGUACAAGGAGCAGUAUCUUCUAAAGAGGCCUGGUCUGAAAUCCGUCCCCUAUGGAAACAUCAGCGAGCGCGUGGAAUUAAGGAAACGAUUGGGUUGCAAGUCAUUUCAGUGGUAUUUGGACACCAUCUUCCCAGAACUGGAGGCAUCUAAGGGCAACCGAUGAAAACACGUGGUUUCAUCAAUAAAGGGUUACAAAGCCCCCCUGGGCCCCCCAGCAGGGGGGACAGAGAAGAGCACGAGUUUGGAACGUCAGGCCAUUACAGGAAAUGCAACAGGAAAUACAACCAGAGGAGUCCACACCAGACCCGCCUCCCUUUCCUCCUUUAAUGCUAGCACUUAACACGUUGUCGGCCCUCGGCCACUGAAUUUCUGGGAUGGCAAGACCUUGAACCUUAGAAAUGUACGCUGCCACGCAGCCAGGAUGCUGUCAUACAGUGAUUUCCGAUUGCUUGCUGCACUCAUACUCGGUCCUGGGGGCCUCAGGGACUGUACGGCCCCACUCUUGGAGGCUUCGCCAGCUCUAGUCCUACCCCAGGCACGUGACCUGGCCCAGUGGUCUCUCUGAAGGACAGUCACAGAGAGCCUUGGUUGGGUGUGCCCACUUCCGUUCGAUCUCGUCCAACUCCUUUCUUGCUGCCAAUGUGGAUUCUGGCAUCGAUGCCUCACUUAGCUGGGUUCCUGAGUGCCUGCCGUCCAGCCCACUGGCCUGGGGGUCCCGGACCAGCUCCCUUUUGUUCCUGCCUGCCCUUCUGUCACUUGGAGACACCCCCUUUUCUCUCUUUUUUAAAAAAAGA